CAAUUUCUCACAAUGGCGCUGUCUUCCUCGUCCUCUUCUUCAGAUCCAUUCAUAGCCAAUGCUGAAAAGCAUGAAUAUUCGAAAAUCAAUACCAGUGACGAUGAGGAGGCCGAGCUUUACAUACCUCGUGCUCGGCAAAGUAGUCGUCUUCGCACGGUCCUGUCGUACGUGGUCAAGCUCGUCAUAGUGGCAAUGGCCGUGUAUGGCCUCAUCACCAUGGGAAUAUAUGCAGUAGUCCGAUUCCGAAAGGCAGCAGUGCCGCCAUGUAAUUGCGGCUCGUCCAUCGCUGAGGCACUCACUCUUGAUUGCAAGUACGAUUCACUAUCCACGUCCUGGCUUCCACCACAUUGCCGCGACGACGAAAUGACUUCCCUCUUUGAAAAAUCUGGGCCUGGCCCAAAUGGCGAAUGGAACUACUACGCUUCCAACUUGAACACGUCCAAAGUAUUCACGACCGAAGAAAUGGCGCUCAUGGCGGAGAAGCCCGACUCGGAACGACAGGCAUGGGCGACGAUAGAGUGGCAUGACAAGCAUUGCUUCUUUACGCUGCUCAAGCAAGUGCGAGGCAGGGCCAAGAUGCAAUACACGGGAUUUCCGAGCGGAACGGCACACGCAGAGCAUUGUGCCAUGGGCAUGGCCGAGCGCCGUCCAGGAAAACAAAUUGUUGUUUCAAUGAACCCCGGAUUUGGAGAUGCAAAGCCCGGCGAGUUGAAGAUGAUGAUAGGGCACAUGGGGCACCAAUGAUGCUUGUAACUCGAUAGGCACCGAGUUCCUCUCCUCCUCACAGGUAAUAGAUUGAGGCAUAGGAGACAUCAAGCGCCUUGUUCUUGGAAACAUAAACCGCGGGAACUCGGUCUAGAAUGAAUGUCUCGCAUAAAUAAGGUACAGGGUUUGCUUGUAAUUGGUAACUAACAGACAUAAGUCAGCCUCAACAAACUGAUUUUCCAGGUUCAGAGAUAGGCAGGGCCUGCCUGAACUGGAAUCACCAUGAUCUGUUCUUGUGUAAAUAGCGUAUAGAAAUGAUGAUACUUUCAUUGAUGCAUGCCCUUGGAACUGGACAAACAAUUCUUUUUGUUCAUAGAGCGC